AUGGUUCCUCCACACUUCAUGGAGUCAUCGUCUCCGCCCAACACUUCUGCGGAUAGUGUUGGCGUGAAGUUCACAUCUGCAACUUCAUCCACUCCCGAGUCUUUGAUAGGUACUCCGAAGACCGAGAUGGCGCUUUUGCUCGAGAACUUGGACUCGUUUAUUGCUGUGGGUGUUUUAGAGCAGGGUGAUCCUGGAUUUCCUGCUGCCGAACUCGCUACCUUGGAAAAGCACAAAUGGAUACGAACCACCGUUCACGAAGGCCAACACGACCUCCAAACUCGCUAUGUUCGUGUCUAUGUUUUGCCUGAUGAUGUUGGGCGGAAGUUUAUACCGCGCUCCAGCGCCCCACUUAGAAGAGCGCUGAAAGCCGUCAUGUUGAGAGUGGAUCCUUCGGCUAAGGCUUGGACUGGGGAAGGACGAUCUGGUGAAAAGAUAGUGGACCUCUCUUCUGUGAGUGCCGAUGACGAGUCUCUAUGGUAUAUCUUCAAUACUCUUCAGGAUCCCAGCCCUGAUGUGGAGACGAUCCGGGACCCAUAUGCCAAGCAAGCCAUGCAGGAUAUACUAUCAAUCUCCGCUCUUGACCAGGCCGACGAUGAGGAAGGCCAGAUGUAUACCGGCGUUCUUGGACUCAAAACAUCACUAUAUCCUUACCAGCGACGUUCUGCUGCUACCAUGAUCCAGCGAGAAGUACAACCUCAUCAGAUGUUGGAUCCGCGCCUUCAGUCAUGUACAAGUCCAACUGGCCGGGAAUACUACUACGACAGGGAGAAAGGCAAGAUCGUGCGGGAGAGAACACUGUAUUCGGAGGCUUGUGGGGGAAUACUUGCGGAAACCAUGGGUUGCGGCAAGACUUUGAUUUCUCUGACUGUGAUUCUAGCUACCCGUGGCCACUUUCCGCAGAUACCUCUCGAACAUCAAUCUAUACGGAUUCCCAAGAGACCUCGAACCGGUAGCCUUCUGGACAUGGCGGCGGCGACCGCAGGUCGGUUGUCUUUACCCUGGAAAGCCCAUUUUGAUCAUUUUAGCCAAACGGGAGAAGUUUACGAUCGGUGUAUCAAGGCUUGCGAGGCCAACCGUGGCUCAUAUAUCAUUCGUCCGCCUGCAGGGAGAUACUCUGGUCGCACGCCUGUGGAAUACCCUCGCCUCCAUCUUUGCUCUGGGACUCUAAUCAUCGUACCACCUAAUCUGCUCGACCAUUGGGUGAGCGAAAUUGCCACACAUACUGAGGGUCUGAAGGUUCUCACGUUGCGGAGCGGCGCAGACCUGACGCCGCCUCCUGAGGAUCUCUUCCCCUAUGACAUUGUCCUUUACUCGAGAACUCGAUUUGAGAAAGAGGCGGAGGACUCUAGCGAAAAGGGCCGAAACCAGCCUUCCCCGUUGACAAAGCUUCAUUGGCUUAGGGUUAUUGUUGAUGAAGGACACAACGUCGCCGGCCACGGACACAAGACGACCAUGUCGCAUCUUCUCGAUCAGAUUCGCGUGGAGAGACGUUGGGUCGUGUCUGGUACUCCGUCUAACGGACUGUAUGGGGUUGAAGUCAGUCUGGCUUCCCAGGAAACACACACGACCGAUACAGAUUUGACCGAGGCAACCACUGCUGUGCUUCGCGGAAGGAAGAAGACUGGAAAGGGUGUGGAUAGCGAACUAAAGGAUAUUGACAAGCUGCGUCUAAUCGUCGUUCACUUCUUGGGUCUCAAGCCCUGGUCUAAUUCGAGGAGUGACGACCCUGCUGACUGGACAACGUACAUGAAGCCCGUGGGACCAGACGGGAGGCGGCGAAAGGCGCCAUCUCUUCGCGCAACCUUACAAGGCCUGGUUGUGCGCCAUCAGUUGGACGUCAUUCACCGUGAAAUUCCUCUGCCCCGGCUGCAUAAUAAGGUGGUCCAUCUUGAGCCGACAUUCUACGAUAAACUGAGUCUGAACUUGUUCAUCUUCAUUCUUGCCGUUAACGCGGUCACAUCGGAGCGACAAGACAUAGAUUAUAUGUUCCAUCAACGCAAUAGAAAGCAUCUUGGCCGCGUCAUCAGCAAUUUGCGACAAGCUGGGUUUUGGUGGGCAGGAACCGACUUCGAGUUACAAGCAACGGUCGAAGUCGCUACUAAUUACCUUGAGAAGAACCGGAACACAAUGACCGAAGCCGACAUCGCACUACUCACACAAGGAGUAAAGAUAGCUCGAACAGCGCUUGAUUCUGGCAGCUGGAAUGGCUUCAAGAACAUGCAUGAACUGGGGGUCUUUGUCGCCGGUUUUCCGUCGGAGGCCCGAGGCUUUUGGGCAUUAGAUCCCGUUCAAUUCCAGCGCGAGCCUCUCUUGCUUGGGAUAUCACAAGCUCGUCUCGCCCAGCAGUUUGUAACGAAGCAUCUCCGAGCGUCCGAUCCAGCUGAAGGAUUAUCAGGCGCUGGCAUCAAGAUCCGAAGGGAAUUGUCUCGACGCGAAGGAUUUGACGCCUCCACUGCUGCCCCCCAAAAAACCACACCAGAGAGUCCGGUGAAGCGCAAAGCGAAAGAGACCUUCCUGAAGGGUCUAUACGCGGAGUUGCCAUCUGACUCGCCGCUCACACAAACCAAGCUAAUCGCCACUGCGUCAGCCAAACUAACGUAUCUGCUGGACCAGGUUCAAGAGCACCAGAAGGCUGAGAAAAUCAUCAUCUUUUACGACAACAACAACUCUGCAUACUGGAUCGCCGAAGGCCUCGAACUCUUGGGGAUCGACUUCCGGAUUUACGCCAACACCUUGAAGCCAUCGCUUCGUGAGGAAUAUCUAACCCUGUUCCGCGAAUCAGAACAAGUUCGUGUGCUUCUCAUGGAUCUCCGCCAGGCCUCGCAUGGUCUGCACAUCGCACACGCCUCGCGAGUCUAUAUAGUCAAUCCUAUAUGGCAGCCAAACGUCGAGUCCCAGGCCAUCAAGCGUGCCCAUCGCAUUGGACAAACCCGUCCAGUAUUUGUCGAAACCCUCGUCCUCCGCGACACCCUCGAGGAUAAGAUCCUCCAGCGCCGAAAAGCCAUGGCUGAGACCGAGAUUCAAAGUGAUCUUCUCGACGAUUAUACCAUGAGCUCGAUCAUCCAGCAGGAGCCUUUCAUUCCCAUGCCCUGCUGCGAAGACUACACGUCCCUUGCUUUCCUCCGCCACCCCGCCGGUUUCUUCGACAGACACCGUUUACCAAUCCCAGAUAGCGCCGAACUAGUUCCGGGUCCGGCGACGGAAGCGGAAGUGGAAGUCGAAAAAUACAAGCUCCCCAUAACGCCGGUGAAGCGCAGGCACAGUACCACCAAAACUUCACCUGGCAAUAAGGGUGUUGCAAUUCUGGAACCGGAUAUUCUGUCACCCUCGUCAAAGAGACGGCGGACGUCACCACGUCCACAGUUUCUCGAUCCGAAUGGGAUAAUCAUGGAAUCGCCGAGUCCGGGAAGGAGCAUUUCUCCUGCCUACGUUACCUUGUUCAACUUGACUCCGAGUCCGUAG